AUGGGGAAGGUGGAGGAUGGCUCACCACAGGAGACAAAGCGGCCGAAGAAAAAUACUGCAGAAACAGACACCUCCAAGGCGGUUAAAGCAAGGUAUUGUAAAGAAAAAAGGGUCCUUUGCAAACCUCAACCCAUCACAACGACAAUCGUGUUUAAUUAAAAAGCUUGCCAUGCACCAGUGGUUGAUCGGUUGUCAGCGCAUUGCAUGAAAUACGACGCGAAAUUAAGAAACGCAAUUUCAUUUUGAGGUCCUUACUUAUACUUUGUAUUUUUAGAUUUAUACAAAAUUUAAUUGUAUAUUUAUAUUAUGUUCAUUGGGAUGACAAUAUGAAUAAUGUAUAUAUAGUUACUGUAUGUUGCGAGUGAUUCAAACAUUCUUGCAGGCAUUUUGAGGUUGUUCCUUAUACUGCUAUAAGUUAAGAUCAAUUUUAUGAAUAUUUGAAGGGUUUUUUUUUUUAAAUAUAUUAAACAUUUGCAGGUGUCUCCAGCCAUGGCCAGCAAAAAAUACAUAAUUUCUCUACCAUGGAAGAAUUGCAUCUCUGGCAAUGAAAGUGUGUUUAUAUCAAUGAAUGAAAGUGUGUUUAAUAAACAAGUGUGUUUAUAUUAUUUUCAUUGGGAUGACAACGUGGCACUAAUUGAUUGGCAGGUUAAUCUUUCGCCCGCUCCAAAAUUGCAUAGGUUCCAGUAUUCUGCCUAUAAAUAGAAUGCCGUAGGUCCUGCCCGAUGCCUGAAACCUCUAGUUCUAUUAACCGUGCUGAAACGUGUUUUUUCUUUCCAAAAUGAGCGUAAGUUUUACAAGUAUUUUGUAUUUGUGUGGUUUAUUAUUCCUGUACAAUUAAAAGGAGAAUUAAUCAUCUUUAUUUUCAAUCAGAGACAUGUGAGACGACCUCCGAAAUACAAAUUCACCAGCGAGCAAGUGUUGGCCGCCAUGGGGCAAGUCAUGGAGGGUUCGCCACGAGAGUCAUUUACCCGUGUUUUUUGUGUAAUAUAUAUUAAAUAUAUACAGGUGUUUCAACAUAUCCGAAUCAAGAGAUGUAGAUUGUGUCCACCCUUCAAGAGGAGCUGCAUCUCUGGAAAUAGCAUGCGCAACUAUUAUUCUAGACUAAUUGGAUCAAGCCCGACUUGGUCCAAGUCUACUAUUAUUCUUAUAGAUGCACGUGUUUUUAAACAUUUUUUAAACUGUUAUUCUACGAAUUCGAGUCGAAUCUCGGCCGUUCUCAUACGACAGUGAGUGGAAUAACUGGUUCUUCAAGAAAGAAAAAAGAAGAAUGCCCUGUGUUUGUGGUUUGUGCGUUGCGAUGUACAGAUGAACUCUGAUGUUUUGUCAUGAUUAUUAAAUUAUUAUUUCUUGUUUUACAGAUAUUUAUGAAUGUCUGAUGAACCCUUGUCAUGUCAAUGCCAGGUGUACUGACAGUGAAGGUUCUUUUGUUUGCCAAUGUGAUGUUGGAUUUUCUGGAGAUGGAAUUUCCUGUUCAAGUAAGUGUUUUAACACAAGUUUCGAAGCACCACGCAAGGCGGAAGAAAGAAGAAUGCCCUGUGUUGGUGGUUUGUGUGUUGCGAUGUACAGAUGAACUCUGAUGUUUUGUCAUGAUUAUUAAAUUAUUAUUUCUUGUUUUACAGAUAAUGAUGAAUAUCUGACGAACCCUUGUCAUGUCAAUGCCAGGAGCACCGACAGUCUGUCAAUGUGA